UUUCGCACAAAAUCUAAACAAUUUAUACAAUCGUUCCCGCCAAAAACCCACCUGGUUUUUCAAGCUUAAACUUAGCGCCGAUAACAAUAAAAGAAUGGGGAGAAUGCGUUUGCUAAUGUUUCAAAAACCAUUAAACACUUAUUUUUUUCAUCAAUUAAAAAAACCCAACUCAUUAUCUCCUCCUCUUAUAAACCCUAAGGUAUCGCGUUAUCUUGAUAGCAGGUCCAAAGUUCACAAAGAAGCUAUAGAGUUUUGUCGAAAUAUUUUACAAAGGAAGUCAAUAGACUUGGAUGCUACUUUUAGUAGUAAACUAUUAAAACCCAUUCGUAAUGUGGAUCUUGUUGUUGCCAUUGGUGGUGAUGGCACCCUUUUGCAGGCAAGCCAUUUGUUGAACGAUAAAAUCCCAUUACUCGGAGUAAAUUCUGACCCUACUCAACCACAAGAGGUUCAAGAACUGAGUAAUGAGUUUGAUGCUGCUAGAAGCACCGGUUUUCUUUGUGCAGCAACUGUCAACAACUUUGAACAGAUACUAGAUAACAUCCUGGAGGGUCGAUCCGCUCCUUCUGCGCUAUCAAGAAUGUCAAUUUCUGUAAAUUCAAAGCCACUGUCAACAUAUGCUCUUAACGACAUAUUAAUUUCUGAUCCAUGUCCUGCAUCUGCUUCUAGGCUCUCAUUCAGGAUUAGGAAGGACGGGCAAUCAAGUUCGCCUCUAGUUAACUGUCGAUCUAGUGGUCUAAGAGUCUCAACUGCUGCUGGAUCAACAGCUGCAAUGCUAUCAGCUGGUGGAUAUCCAAUGCCCAUUUUGUCAAAAGAUCUCCAAUACAUGGUAAGAGAGCCCAUUUCACCACCAGCAGCCAGCUUGAGUCUGAUGCGUGGAUCAAUAAUGCCUAAAGAAACCAUGGACAUUGAUUGGUACACAAAAGAGGGGAAAAUAUACAUCGAUGGUUCUCAUCCUGUUCAUCCUGUUCAAUAUGGUGAUACCAUACAAAUAUAUUCAGACGCUCCAACUCUGAAACUCUUUUUACCUCAGCACUUGUUACCAAGUAAGAUUUGAGUUGUCUGUUGCUCAAUUACAUGUAACCAGUUAAAAUUCAGUUUGAUAAGCAUAGUAUAUAAAGAUAGCACACAAUGCUUCCUCGUGUUUCUGUUGUCGAAUCUUCUGUUUUUUUUUUCUUCUGUUUUCCACAAGUUAGUUUCUUGUUGCAUAGAGAUGAUUUUGUGAUAUGUUGAACCUUA